CUGAGAAGUGUGUUGUGGAGCUCCUGAACAACAAUGAAUAAAUCAGUGGGCAAGACCUGAUUUAUCUCAACAUAGGGCUGAGAGCUCAACAGCAGCCAGCAUGCCAAUUCAGGGACCACAGUGGACGGAGUUCCUUACCUGUCCCAUUUGUCUGUUUGAGUUCAACAGGGACAGGGGCCCCGUCAGCCUAAGCUGCGGCCACACCAUCUGUAAGACAUGUCUGCAGCAGCUGCACAGAAAACGCUGCCCUUUCGAUCAGUCUGUGAUCGGUCUGGACCUGGAGCAGCUGCCGCUCAACUGGGCGCUGCUGCAGCUGGUCACCGCUGGGGAGGUGGCCCGGCCCCAGGCGCCGCCCUCCAGCCUGGCGCCGCACGAGCAGCAGGCCUACCUGAGCGCCAUUCGCUGCAUUGAGGAGCUGGCGCUCUUCCUGAAACCGCUGCCGCCAGGUGGCGGGUCGGGCGGCGGCGCCGGCGGGCCCAGCGUUCUCUCGCGCUCGAUGCAGCGGAAGCUGGUGACGAUCGUUACGUGUCAGCUGCUGGAGCCGGAGGGCCGCAGCCGGGCGCUACGCGCGUGCCGCUCGCUGGGCGAACGCACCGUCACGGAGCUGAUCCUGCAUCACCAGAACCCGGCACAGCUGUCGGCCAACCUGUGGGCGGCUGUGCGCGCGCGCGGCUGCCAGUUUCUCGGGCCCGCCAUGCAGGAGGAGGUGCUGCGCCUGGUGCUGCUGGCCCUGGAGGAGGGGUACGCCCUCUCCCGGAAGGUCCUCGUCAUGUUCGUCGUCCAGCGCCUGGAGCCGCACUUCCCGCAGGCGUCCAAGACGAGCAUCGGUCACGUGGUACAGCUACUCUACCGCGCCUCCUGCUUCAAGGUGACGAAGCGCGAGGGCGACUCGUCUCUGAUGCAGCUGAAGGAGGAGUUCCGCACGUACGAGUCGCUGCGCCGCGAGCACGACACGCAGAUCGUGCAGAUCGCGCUGGAGGCCGGCCUGCGCAUAGCGCCCGAUCAGUGGUCCAGCCUGCUGUACGGCGACGUGGCGCACAAGUCGCACAUGCAGAGCAUCAUGGACAAACUGCAGUCUCCGUCCAGCUUCAACCAGUCGAUCCAGGAGCUGGUGAUCUCGCUGCAGAAGACGGGCGACCCGGCCGGGCUCUCCCAGACCAGGAUGAGGCUGCAGACUCUGGCCGCCGUCGACCCAGCGCCAGACUCGAUGGAGGCCGACUGGGAGCAGGUGGUGACGGCUCUGGAGGCGGCCGCCGAGGUGGUGCGCGUGCUCAUCAGCUUCGUGCACCACCACGGCGGCCGGCGCGUCCACGUGGACACCACGCACGCCCACAACGCAAAGUACAAGACGAGCCUGUGCCGCGACCUGAAGCAGCGUGGCACGUGCCCGCGCGGCCCCGCCUGCACGUUCGCCCACUCGGAGGAGGAGCUGGAGCGUUACCGCGCCAAGAGCCGGCGGCCAAAGAAGGCGGAGCGGCCGCCGGGCGCGGCCGACUCCCCGGUGCCGGCGCCGGCGGCCGCCUCGCUGGCCGGGCCGCCGAUGACGCCUCGGGUGACGUUCCCGCUGCCGCCGGCCGCCGGCUUCCAGGCCGUGCCCCCGCAGCGCGUGGUGGGUCUGGUACCGCCGCCGGCCGCCGUUCCCGUGCCCGUGGUGCACGCCGUGGCGCGCCUGCCCUACCAGCUCGAGUACUUCACUCCGGUGUGCAGUCCCGGCCCCGGUCCGCCCGGGGUACAGCUGGUGGGCGCGCCGGCCGUCGGUCACCGGGCCGCCGUCCAGCCGGGCCCGCCGCCGCCGCCGCCUCGGCCGCCGCCGGCCGUCUACGGCGUACCGCCGGUACAGUCGCCGCCGCGGCCCGGCCAGGCUAUCACCUCUCUGAGUUCGUCCGGGCUCGGCUCGACCGGCGUAAUCAGCUCGAGUGCGACGUCCGGCGGACGGAGCGUCGCCGUGCCCGUCAACGUCAACUCGCCGUCGAUCGCGUCCAAAUCUCUGACGGCGCUGCGCCAGAGGAAGCAGGAGAUCCUGCACCAGCUGGAGCACAUCGUGACCUCGGCGGACGGCGUGGAGGGCACGGCCACCACCACCACCACCACGGCGGCGGCGCCCCAGCCGUACGAGGCUAGCGCCGUGCCGCAGGCGGCCACUGACCAGGCCGGCGGCACGCAGCCCACCAAACACUACUCCAUCUGGACGUCCAGUGACAGCUUCUUCCACGCGCUCAAGUCGUCGCUGGCCGAGUACCAAAGCACCAAGUCGCGCGCCACCAACUCGGGACCGGUCUACAGCAAUGUGCGAGUGGCCAGUAACGAGGACGAGUACAUCCCGUUCUCGUCGACGGCCGAGGAGUUUGCGUUCGGCCCGAUCUCGCGGACGGAGCGGGCUGGCACCACGCCCAGCCGGCCAGUUCAGGUGUCUGCCCUCUCCGGCGACACGGUGCCCACCGAGGCGGUACUGCAGCAGCCGCGGCCCAUGCCGGGACACGUGCUGCCGCCCAGCUUCAUGCAGAUCUGCGACCCGUUCCUCUACAACGCGAGCGGCGGCCUGCAGUACCAGCUAGUGCAGACGGACCCGUGCGGCAUGCACUACAACACGAUCGGCCACGGCGUGCUGGACCCGCCCGGGCUGCAGAUGGUGCACCUCAAGCCGAGCGGCGACCGGCCCAGCGACCCGCUGCCCAUCGCCCGCAACACCGAGGGCAGCCUGCUAGCCGCCGAGAGCAUCCGCUUCCAGAACGAGCUCGACUCGCUCGAGAGGAAGUUCCAGGACGGCGUGAAGCUAUCGCAGGUGCUGUCGCCGGCGCGUCACGAGGAGCCCGAGAGGACGACCCAGGAGGAGCCGGUCAGCCCGUCCUCGCACUUGGAGAAGGACCUCAUCCGGGAACUGUGGUUCAUCGAGCACGGCAUCGAGGAGAAACAGAAGGAGAACAGGCUGAACGUGCGCAGCUCGCACACGACGUCGUCGGUGUCGCUGGGCCACGGGCCGCUCUGUUCGACGGCGGCCGUGCCGUUCGCUGGCUACUCGGCUGACCCGUUCAGCGGCGCCCGCUUCACGCCGCCGCCGGUGGGCGCGGGCGCGGGCGCCGGCUCGGCGGCGCGCCUCUACCCGGCAGCCGACUCGCCGCUCGGAGCCGCGCACAUGUACGCCGCCGACGGAUCGUCGCUGCCCAUGUCCAAGUUCGGCGCGGCGCCGCAGCGGCCGGCGCCGGGCGGCGGGCUGGCUGACAGCCGCGCCGGCUGGGGCUCCGGCCAGGACGAUUCGUACCCGAGCACGUCCGGCUGGGGCUUCAACGGUGGUGAGUUCUACACCAGCGGAUAGAGCCGGGCCGGAGCGGGCGCAGGAGGGACGUCCGACGGAGCGGAGGGACACGGAGAGGCACCUUGGCCGGAGGGAGACGCCAGGAGCCAACUGGAGGCCCUCUGGGACAGAGAGUAGCGGCAGGAGUCAGUGGGAGGUCCCAGGAGCCGGCGGGAGACGACUGAGGCAGCGGGCGGGCGACGCUGACUAUUGGAAGCGGAAAGGAGCCGUUCUGAGCCACCUGGAGGCGUUCUGGGACAGCGGGAGACGAUUUGGAACAGCGGGAGGCACCCUGAGCCAGGGUGAGACGUCAUGAUCAGAAGACUGGGAAACGCUAACUGCUACGGGCGAUUGCCCGCAUGGUCCCAGCCGAAGCAGCGGCUGAUUGAUUUGGCUCGGGUCGCCGUCGCUCGGACUGAGCCCCGGUGUCAGAGUUCUGAGUUCCACUGUGCUCAGUUCAGCGGCUCAGACGGCCGCCGGUCGACUCAGCUGAUGAUUGCCACUGAUCCAACUGAGUCCCGACUGGUGCGUCUGAACUCCCAGACUCGGCCCAGAUUCAGAGCCGGCGAUAAAUGACAGUUGACGGAGCCCGGCGGGGAUUACCUCUCGGUCCGCGGCUCCAGAUUGUUCCAGUACGGUUUGUUGUCUUUGGGGAUUCGCACCGAUAGGAUUAGACUGGUUUCCUGUUUAGCUUGGGUGAAGGUUGUACCGUUGACGGUGGUUGUUUUGAUUUAGAUGCAGCGGGACAGCCGCGAAGCACAUUAUUCACAUCGAUUCUCUUGGAAUUUGUGAACUUAGAUAUGCCCUCUGGCGGCCCUGACUACCCCGGUUAUCGGGCGAAGGUGCGCGUUUUGUUUUCGCUUCUGUCCGUGCGCGGGCGUGACUUCUACUGUGUAGUUGGACGGUGCUGUACAUAGCGCUGGCCCGCGCGCUGCUCGUGCGGGCUGGCCGGGCCAUGUAACCUCUGCGCAGGGUGAUUCUGCAUUCGGUGAAUGUACCGGUCGCCGGCGGCGGCGCGGCGCGGGCCGGUCCGACUCGCCCUCGGCGGCUGUGGACCGUCCGUCCGUCCGUUCGCGCCGCCGGCGACCGAGAGCGUGUCCUCGCGGCACCGCGCGCUGCAUUUCUGCUAGCUGUGUAUUGCAACAAUACUGGUUCGGACACCAUGUGGUGUGUAUGGGCGGCGCGGGCCGGCCGGUCGGCAGUGCGCAGACCCGCCGCCAGGGCGUGCUGCGGUCGCCCCCGGCGGCCGGCCGGCCCCGGCGCGUCUCGCUGUUUCCGUGGUGACAUAGUGUGUAACAUCUGCGGGUGUCCUGUGCGGCCGGGCUUGCUACUACCGUGUAUGCUAGGCAUAUAGUGGGCGCGGCGGCUGCCGUCGCGCCGGACGGGUGAUACGGGGCCCAGGCCGCGGUGGAGCGGCGCGGGCCGCCGCGCGACGCGGUGCUAUUUAUGGUGUUGUGGCGGGCCGGCGCCGCGCCCGGCGGACGGUGCAGAGGCGGCAGUGUCGCCCUCCCGCGCCGCCGAGCGCGCGCCGCCCGCCGUUUUACCCGAGAACUGAGUGUAUGUCGCGGGUUUCGGCGCGUAGGGGCGCCCACUGUUUACAAAUUAGCGCGUCCGCCUGUUGGUGAGGUCGCAGCAGUAGCAGUAGGUACUGUUGCUUCACCUCCCUCAGAGACAGAGCUGACAGAGCCGACAGUCGGUGUUUUGACCUCUGCCUGGGUAGGUGUCGCCGGGGCUGAACUUAAUGUCCAUUGGUGUGAGGGCUCGUUGAUUGUAUACGUGUGAUUAUUCUCUUAACUCCCACUGAUUGUACAAUAGUUACCAUUGCAUGUGCUUCUCAUCUGGCUUGUUGUGGAGUGGCCUGCGUAUCUAUGACUCACUCACCAUAAGACAAUAAACCGCGACGUUGUUA